AUCCCAAUGGUGGGUGACCUUCGUCUUUUAUCGACACAAACACCCAUCCCUCUGAUUUCUUCUUUCGACCAACACCCGAAAUUUCCUCUCUCCAUCCCUGUACACAGACAUGGGUUUCGUUUCCUUCCUCGGAAGGGUCCUCUUUGCCUCGCUUUUCAUCCUUUCCGCUUGGCAAACGUUCAAUGAUUUUGGUGAUGAUGGUGGCCCUGCUGCAAGGGAACUAGCUCCCAAAGUAGCUUCCUGUCAUAGAUUUCUAACCUCCAAGAUUGGCAAUGGAAUACCAAAUAUUGAUGUUAAGCAUAUUGUUUUGGCCUCGAUAGCCAUUAAAGGUCUUGGUGGGAUUGUGUUCGUUUUUGGCAGCUCCACCGGUGCCUUUUUGUUGAUGCAUUACCUGCUAUUUACGACCCCGAUUGUAUAUGAUUUCUACAACUAUGAAAUCGACGAGCCAGAGUUUCACAUGCUCCUAGCGGAGUUCUUGCAGAACUUGGCAUUAUUUGGUGCACUUCUCUUUUUUGUGGAAAUGAAGAAGUUAUCUCCAAGGAAAGUAGUCAGGAAGAAGGCCCCAAAGGCAAAGACGACUUGAGUGUCCAUUCAUAUCAUUUGGUCUUUUCGUUUUUCCGUUUCUCGUCUUCAUUUUGUGUGCUCGAUCUUAUAUUUAUCUUCACGUCGGAUGCACAAAAUAAGAAUCCGAAUGAAACGGACUAAUGGUCUCGUUCAAUAAUUUUUCGAUGUAAAUUCCUUUCCUUUUUCUUUUUUUGUACCAACUUCAAUGAUAUUAAUUACAUUCACAAAUAUCAUUUGCA